GUAGAUGCGCAUGAAAUCUAUCAUCUUAUCCUAAACCUAACAGACCAGUAGAAAACCAAAUGCCAAGCUGCUGCAAAUAAAACACAAACAAUCAUAGUAACACAAACCUCUUCUUCAAAUUCAGUUGCAGAUGGCAACCAUACUUGGAACUUCUUCCUCUGCAAUCUUGGCGUCUAAACCUUUCUCCAUUCCUUCUCUCUCUUUAACCUCCUCAGGGCUAAGUUUUGGGAGGAAGUAUUAUGGAGGGAUUGGUCUUGUGGGUAAGAAAGGGAGGCCUCAGUUUCAUGUUGCAGUUGCCAGUGUUGCUACUGACAUUGGCUCUGUUCAGGAGGCCCAGAAGGCUGCUGCUAAGGAAAGCCAGAGACCAGUAUAUCCAUUUGCUGCUAUAGUAGGGCAAGAUGAGAUGAAGCUGUGCCUUUUGCUAAAUGUGAUUGAUCCCAAGAUUGGAGGUGUCAUGAUCAUGGGUGAUAGAGGGACCGGAAAGUCCACCACUGUUAGGUCCAUGGUUGAUUUACUUCCAGAAAUUAAGGUGGUUGCUGGUGACCCCUAUAACUCAGAUCCGGAAGAUCCAGAGUCGAUGGGUAUUGAAGUCAGGGAGAGUGUUGUGAAAGGGGAGGAUCUCACUGUUGUCCUGACUAAAAUUAAUAUGGUUGACUUGCCAUUGGGAGCUACAGAGGAUAGGGUGUGUGGUACAAUUGACAUUGAAAAGGCUCUCACCGAGGGUGUAAAGGCAUUUGAGCCGGGUCUUCUUGCUAAAGCUAAUAGAGGCAUUCUUUAUGUUGAUGAGGUUAAUCUUUUGGAUGACCACUUGGUGGAUGUUCUUUUAGAUUCUGCUGCAUCAGGGUGGAACACAGUGGAGAGAGAGGGUAUUUCAAUUUCACAUCCUGCACGAUUUAUUUUGAUUGGUUCUGGCAAUCCUGAAGAAGGAGAGCUAAGGCCACAGCUUCUUGAUAGAUUUGGAAUGCACGCACAAGUGGGGACUGUUAGGGAUGCAGAGCUCAGAGUUAAAAUUGUGGAAGAGAGAGCUCAAUUUGACAAAAAUCCAAAGGAAUUUCGCGAGUCUUACAAGUCUGAGCAAGAGAAACUCCAGCAACAAAUUUCCUCAGCUAGGAGUUUUCUUUCAUCUGUAAAAAUAGAUCAUGAUCUUAAGGUUAAAAUCUCCAAGGUUUGUUCAGAGCUGAAUGUUGAUGGAUUGAGAGGAGACAUUGUGACGAAUAGAGCUGCAAAAGCUCUUGCUGCCCUGAAGGGUAGGGAUCAAGUAACUGCAGAAGAUAUUGCUACUGUCAUCCCCAAUUGUUUAAGACACCGUCUUCGGAAGGAUCCCUUGGAGUCAAUCGACUCAGGUUUACUUGUCAGUGAGAAAUUUUAUGAGGUUUUUAGCUGAAGCCAGUAUUUUUAGAUGUCCACUUCUGUAAUUUUUUGUAACAGUCCCUCGAAUUACAUUUUUUCUGUUUCUAUCAUGUUUUUAUUUUUCACGCAAUCUUUGUUAAAAAUUCUACAAAUAUAAUCAUGGAUUGUACCUGUUAUUGAGGAUUUUGUAUUAAACUGAAGAGAAGAUGCCAUGCCUGCAAUAUCUGCUAUUACUUAUUUUA